AUGUCAACCACAGACGAAUCGUCAACUUCCAUGGACGACGAGCACUUGAUUGUUGAAGCAACCUAUCACGAGCAGCAUGCCAAUAGUAGUGCUGCCUUCGUUCUCCUGAGACGACGGCGACGACAGCAACUGGGGUGGAGACAUCAUAUUUCAGGAUCUGGAUCACCGACAAGAUUUCGCAGAAUCUUUAUCCGUCCUCUGAUGGUAUUCUUGAUUGGAUUCUGUUAUCUGCAACGAAGAAGCAUUGUUGUUCGAAAGAAUCCAAGUCAACAGCAGCAACAACAGCAACAACCAGAACUAGAAGAAGAAUCGAGCCGAUGGUUGAAGCCUUCGUACUCAACAUCAUCAUCGUCCAAUUUGGAGUUUCACUUUGGAAACGAGACUCACGAGAUGGACUUCGCAUCAUCAUCAAGCCAUACGAUACGCUCCAACAACAAUAACAACAACAACCCAAACUUGGUUUCCUCGGCCUCUCGCAUGAACCAACAUGCUUUUCAUCCACCAUACUUUCCGCGGCACGUAUCAUCAUCAUCAUUGCACUCCUCGUCCGCAGACUCUGCCGAGUCGGAUCCAGAGACCUUUGGAUGGGAACCCUCGUUGUAUCCAAACCCAAGAGAAAAUCCACAAAAGUGUGGGAUUGCCUACUUAUUUCAGAAUGAACAUUUCGUACAACAAUCCAAUGAUACUACUACAACUACUUCCUCUACUACUACUGAUAACAGCUUGCAACUCUGCGAUCCUGAUUGGGUACUGGGAGGAAUCUAUUUGGAGGAAAUUGCUAUUGCCAUGAAGAACUUUGUGGCAACUUAUUCGUCGCAGCCACCCUUUGAGGUAUCGCCUCCUGCUAGAAAAACACGAAUGCUACAACAAGACAAAAGAGGCUGGGAAAUAGUCGACGAAGAUUAUUUGAAGGAUACGCCACCUUAUUUGCAACAAGGUACGCCACCGCCAAUCGAUCCAGUCAACAACGAAUCAGCAGGAGACGAGAAUCUUGCCAGUCCCGAUCUUUUGGAUUCCGAAAAAGAGGAUGAUUCGAUAGGUGAAGCAUCUGUUCCUUUUGUGGAACUUGCUAUUGCGACUGUUCGUAAGAUGCACAUAUCAGCAGUACUAGAGCAUGGUAUUUACUAUUCGUAUGAGGAUGAAGAAGACAUGGUUUCCGAUGCUGCCCAAAUAUUCGCUCGGUAUCUUCACGAUCGCUGGUGGCAGGGAAAUCCAAAUGGGGCGUAUGGAAUACUGAUUUUCUUGUCCAUUCAAGACCGCGUAUGCUUUAUCUCUACGGGGAGUGCCAUUACGACGGUUCUGCCGUGGUGGAGACUUGAGCAUAUUGUCGCGAGUAUGAAGCCUGAUCUGCGUCAUCGAGACUAUGGACAUGCGCUGCUGACGGCCAUUCAUGAUUUGUCCGACAUGCUAGCGGAGGGUCCCCCCACCUUGGCGGAUCGGUUUCAUGAUUUCAUGGCACGCUUCGGAGUAGUCAUUGCCUUUGCAGCCUUUACCUUUUUCUUUGGGGCCUGGGGGGAGUUCCGGGAUCGACGGAAACGAUGGGAAUAUGCGGAUUCCCGAAGCAAAAUGUCACAAGUCGAGCGGGAAAAAGCACGAUUGCUUCAACGAGAGUUCAAGACGAGGUCAUGUCCAAUAUGUUUGGAGAACUUUAACGAUGGCACUGACAGCCAAGGGAAUCUUUACGAACUGUCGAUGGAAUAUGAAAAGGAACAAGAAGAGUAUGCUGACUCCCAAGAUCGAAGCACGGGCAGCCGUUGUUGCUGCACUCCAAAGUCAGAUAAGAAAGUGAGUAGCGAAGAGAAAGAAGCGCCCAACAACUCUCUGUUGCGGCGAGUGGACAGCUACGGAAUACCUCUUUUGGGGCCAGAUCAUCGAAAUGUGAAGAUGCUGCGAUGUGGCCACAUCUUUUGUGAUUCUUGUUGGAAAGAGUGGGUGCAUUCCGGACAAGGAAAUCCAUGCAUAUGUCCGGUUUGCCGGCAAGACGUUGGAAAAGCAUCUAAACAUCGGCGGCGUAGGCGACAGCAGCAACUUCAAGCGGAAGAGGCCCGACGCGAGGAACAACGAUUGGAAGAGGCAGCUAAUGCGGCUUCUACAGCUCCUCCGAAUACGGAUACGACGCCACUUAUGAAUAAUACUUCAGCUCGCUCAAGUGGUGGAACUUAUGAUUCCUUAUCAUCUUACCGGGCAUCAUCGAUUAUCGAUGGAGUUGACGAAGAGAAUGGCCAUGGAGGCGAAGGCAUGUUUUCAGAACUACAGUAUACUCUAUCCGAGGGCGGAGGGCGAGCUUCCUUGCCUUCAAAUUCAAGCCAUUCGAUGCAGCCAAAUCCCUUCCAGGCCAAUGCAAGAGCGACAAAUGGUGGACAGGAGGGUGAGGAUGGAGAAGGGGAUCAAGGAGAGACACAAUCCCUUUUGCGAAAUGGUCCAAGACGGGCCCAGCGCAACUGGUUUAUGAGGUAA